GCUCGCCGCUGGGCCACGUGACUGCCACAGCCGCGAGCUUUCGCAGAGGGAUUGUUUUCCCGCACGUUUAGGUCGGUUUGUCCACCCAGCGUAGCCUGGCCCCGCCUGAUGCGGGGGCCGGGAAAUGGACGGGAAAGGGGACGAGACAGUUAAAGAGAGGCCCAGCGGGCUGCCUUUGUCGGCCCCGCGGAGUCCCUUCAGUCUGUUCACCACAGAGGAAGCGCUGCGGAAAUAGUCGCGCGGGGUAGGCUGUACCCAAGAGGUUUGAAAAAAGCCUUUUGUUUUAGAAAUUUCCAAGAGCUGAUCCAAAAUAGGACAUAGGAAAUGUUUUCAAGCUAGCUCAAGAAAGCAGGAAAUAAGAAAACAGUUCUAGACUUCAUUGAAGAAAUAACUGCUGGGUACAUCUACUAGUCUGAUUGACUUGCUCAAGGAAGUGGAAUCAUCUGUCUCAAGAAAUGUCUUCAGAAAGUAAAGAGCAACCUGAUCUUUCGCCAAGGGACUCAGCUGAAGGAAAUGACAGUCUUGCAUCUGGAGUCUCUCUGGAGCUACAAAAGGAAUCAAGUACUGACUUUCAGCAAGUUGAAACCCAUGAUCAAUGCAGACUUUGUCCUAGGAUCUAUUUGGAGCCUCAAGAGAAAUCAAAUACUAACAUUAAGCAGUUUGUCAUCAAAAAGCUCCAGAAGAGUUGCCAAUGUAGCUCAACUAAAGCCAAAAAUAUGUUUUUUGGUUUCUUUCCUGUUUUACAGUGGCUCCCAAAAUAUGAUCUAAAGAAAAACAUUUUAGGAGAUGUGAUGUCUGGUUUGAUUGUAGGGAUCUUAUUGGUUCCCCAGUCCAUUGCUUAUUCCCUCUUGGCUGGCCAAGAUCCCAUCUAUGGUCUGUACACAUCUUUUUUUGCCAGCAUCAUUUAUUUUUUAUUUGGUACUUCUCGUCACAUCUCUGUGGGCAUUUUUGGAGUACUGUGCCUUAUGAUUGGUGAAGUAGUUGACCGAGAACUACACAAAGCUGGCUGUGACACUGCCCAUAUUACUCCUUUAGGAAUGGUUUCAAAUGGGAGCUCAUUAAUAAACCACACAUCAGAAAGUUUAUGUGACAGAAGUCACUAUGCAAUUAAAAUUGGAAGCACUGUAACCUUUAUGGCUGGAGUUUAUCAGGUAGUAAUGGGCUUCUUUCAAGUGGGCUUUGUUUCUGUCUACCUCUCAGAUGCCUUGCUGAGUGGAUUUGUCACUGGUGCCUCCUUCACUAUUCUCACAUCUCAGGCUAAGUAUCUCCUUGGGCUCAGCCUUCCACGGAGUAAUGGUGUGGGCUCACUCAUCACUACCUGGAUACAUAUCUUCCAAAACAUCCAUAAGACCAAACUCUGUGAUCUCAUCACUAGCCUUUUGUGUCUUUUGGUCCUUUUGCCAGCCAAAGAACUCAAUGAGCACUUCAAAUCCAAGCUCAAGGCACCAAUUCCUAUUGAACUUAUUGUUGUUGUGGCAGCCACAUUGGCCUCUCAUUUUGGAAAACUAAAGGAGAAUUACAAUUCCAGUGUUGCUGGACACAUACCCACUGGGUUUUUGCCACCCAAAGCACCAGACUGGAGCCUAGUGCCUAAUGUGGCUGUGGAUGCAAUAGCUAUUUCUUUCAUUGGCUUUGCUAUCACUGUAUCACUUUCUGAGAUGUUUGCCAAGAAACAUGGCUACACAGUCAAAGCAAAUCAGGAGAUGUAUGCCAUUGGCUUUUGCAAUAUCGUCCCUUCCUUCUUCCAUUGCAUUACUACUAGUGCAGCUCUUGCAAAGACACUGGUUAAAGAAUCAACAGGUUGUCAGACUCAGGUUUCCGCUGUGAUGACAGCCCUGGUUCUUUUGUUGGUUCUCCUAGUAAUAGCUCCUUUAUUCUAUUCCCUACAGAAAUGUGUCCUUGGUGUGAUCACUAUUGUAAAUCUCCGGGGAGCCCUUUGUAAAUUUAGAGAUCUGCCCAAUAUGUGGAGGGUUAGCAGAAUGGAUACAGUUAUCUGGUUUGUUACCAUGCUGUCCUCUGCUCUGAUAAGCACUGAAAUAGGCCUGCUUAUUGGGGUUUGUUUUUCUAUGUUUUGUGUUAUCCUCCGCACUCAGAAGCCAAAGGUUUCAUUGCUUGGCUUGGUGGAAGAGUCUGAAAUCUUUGAAUCCUUGUCUGCUUACAAGAACCUUCAGACCAAGCCAGGCAUCAAGAUUGUCCGCUUCAUAGCACCUCUCUACUACAUAAACAAAGAAUGCUUUAAAUCUGCUUUAUAUAAAAAAACUCUAAACCCAGUCUUGGUAAAGGCUGCUCAGAAGAAGGCAGCCAGAAGAAUGCUCAAAGAGCAAAGAGUGAUUCUCAGUGGAAUCCAGGAAGAGUUUUCAGUGCAACUUUCCCAUGAUCCUUUGGAGCUGCAUACUGUAGUGAUUGACUGCAGUGCAAUACAAUUUUUAGAUACAGCAGGGAUCCAUACACUGAAAGAAGUUCGCAGAGAUUAUGAAGCCAUUGGGAUUCAGUUUCUGCUGGCUCAAUGCAAUCCCUCUGUGAGGGAUUCCCUGACCAAGGGACAGUAUUGCAGAAAAGAAGAACAAAACCUUCUCUUCUAUAGCAUGUAUGAAGCAGUGGCUUUUGCAGUAGAAUCUCAAAACCAGAAAGAAACAUGUGUUCUCAAUGGUCUGAGUCUUUCCAGUGAUUGAAAAAGUAGAUGAAGAAUGUCUCAUCAGUAGGUUAAAAUUUCAAAUGUGCAAUAUUUUCCAUUUCCACAGUGGAAAAUGUUGCACACUUGAAAUUUUCCUUCCUUGGAAGGUUAUGGCCUUUUUAUAUUCUCAAAUGCAGCAAAGCUCAUAGUAGGACAGAAUCAAAAAGAAGAAAUGUGAUUUCAAGCUUUCAUGCAUCUAUGAAGUACUCUUGGGAUGUAAUAACUAGUGAAUUGAGUUGUAAAGUAGCUCCCAAACUUAAUUACCACCUUGUUUUAGCGCAUAUGUUUGGACUUUUCCUCCUCCUAUUAAGAUUUAGAAGCAUAAAUAUGAUAUUCAUAAAAUCCAAGUUCUGUGGGAGUAUUUAUGGUAGUUGGCCACAGGUUGUGAAAUGAGGGGUUGUUUCUUUGGAAAAGCAAGAAUAUCUGACAUUGAACACUUACAGUUCUGUGUUUAGACUUUGGCAGGCAAAAAAAGACAUGUUCUCCAAAGAAUAAGGAACUAAUUUAUAUGAGAUUAAAACAUCUAGCCAGGUCUUUUAAACAAGAUAAUGAUUGCCAAAGUGCAAACUCAUUUUUUAAACCUGUUCUUAUAUUGUAAGCAAUUUUAAGUGUUUCUAAUAACCCCUAUAUGUUGGGUAUAGUACAUAUGUACAUAUUUAAGAUAUAUGUAUAUAUACCUUUUGUUAGCUCUCUAAACUGCCAGUGUUGCUAUUCUAUUGGUAGAUCUCCCCCAUUUACUUACAUGGAAAAUACCUAUUAUUCCAACAAAGCAGUUUCUAUGUUACUGUCUUCUAAGGUGAUUAAUGUUAUGAUUAUAUACAAUAUUCUCCUGAAUUUUGACAUCCUCUUAUUAGGUCUAGAAUUUUGGAAUUUCAAAAAUGUCAAUGAUGCUUAUAUUUGUGCUUUUUAGUUUGUUCCUAAUGUUUGCCAUUUCUGUUGAGUCUUAGGAAUAUUAGUUAUAAAACUACGGUAUUUUGGUUGUUUUUCUUUUUUUGCUACUGGGGAUCGAACUCGGGACCUUCCACUUGGGAGGCAGGCGGCAGCACCACUAAGCUAAAUCCCUGGCCCAUCUUGUUUGUUUUUCAUUCCUUUUCCCUAAGCCAGGUUUGAGUUGAGACUAUUAUAAAUGUCUAAUAACUCUGGUAGAGUAAUCAGUACAUGUUUAAGACAACUCUAUAGUUUUUCCAACAUCAGCAUAGCAAAAGAAUUUCAGCCCAGUCAGUAUUUGAAAAAUCUCUUAGAAGGAUGGAUAUCAAGAUUUGCCCUUUACUUGAUAUUUCAGUCCACAUGUGGAUAUAAACAGUUCUGGAGCUUUAUGUGUGCAGUAAGAAAAUUUCUUGAAUUAUGUUCUGGUUUGUGCCUAUCCCACUCAAAUGAGGUUCUGCUUUUAGUAGCCAUCUGUAAAAACUUUUUUUUUUUUUUUUAACAGGGUUUUGCUUUGUAGUUCAGGCUGGCCUUGAACUUACUAUAUAUUCCAGCCUGGCCUUAAACUCGAGGCACUCCUCCUGCAUUAGCCUCCUGAAUGCUGGGAUUACCAGCGUGCACCACCAAGCCUGGCUUGGAAAAACAUUUUAAAGUUUCAUUAGAAUUUACAUUUUACCGCCUGCCUCACAAGCGCAAGGUCCCGAGUUCGAUCCCCAGUACCCCCCCCCCAAAAUUUACAUUUUAUUCUGUACUUCAAUUGCAUUCUGCCUGUAUUUGCACAUUUGUGUGUGUGUGUGUGGUAAUAGGCAUUGAACCCAGUGCCUUGCACAUGCUAGGUGAGCCCUCUAUUACUGAGCUACAUCCUCAGUCCUUGUUUAAUUUUUUUUGACAGGGCCCCACAGAGUUGCCCAGGCUGGCUUCAAACUUGUGAAUCUGCCUUAGCCUACCAAGUAGCUGGGGAUGUAGUGCAUUUCUUGGUAUCUCAGGUAUAUGCCAUCACACUUAGCUUUUAAAAUUUUUUGAUUGCUGAUAAUUUAAAGGAAUCAAACUUUUAAAGCCAGAUUCACUGCCACCACCAAAAGCAAUGUUUUUAUUUGCUUUCUUGAUACUUUAAACUAUAUUGAUCCAAAAACAUCUUGCUUACUCUGAAGGUGAGAGUCGAAAUGAAGCAUUUUCUCAUUACUUAUUGACAAAUAUACAGAAUUCUGAAUAUCUUAAAAUGGUUUUCAUUUAAUUGAAAUACAGUGUGUACUCUCUUGGUAGUUAAAGCUCUUAUAACUUUAUUUUUAAAUUUGUUACAACCAGAGGAGUGGAAUGUGCCAGUGCAGUUAGGUGUGUGAAAGGAGAACAUUGUAGAAGAGUAAAAGGAAUAGAGCAUUGUAAAGACUAUCUGGCCAGUGAAAGGAAAGAAGAAAGGGAUCCAGAUAAAUAGGAACCAAUUCCUGGCUCCACCACAGUAAGAUCGCAUUAGGAAGCAAUUCUCUGAGAGCGAGUUUCUCUUUCUAGAAGGGGAAAAUCACAGACUCACCAAAGCUGAAAGCUGAGAAGCACUUGGUCAGGUUGUGGCAAAAGCCUGAGUUGGCCUGCUUUGGAGCCAUGGGACUUCCUUAAUCUAAAUUGAUCUUUUCUAAGUAAGACCAAAGGAAAACAAGGUAUGAUUUUUGACAAAGUCUGACUUAGCUUUUAAGUAAUAGGAGACAUUGAUGUCAAAAUUGGUCAUUAAAUUUAUAAAAUGGUAAAUGGUGAAUUUUAAAAACGUAUGGGGGUGUUAGGUGUGUUCAUUAGACUAUUCUAAUGCUAAUGACUACAUUUUAACAAGAUCAGCAAUUCUCUCCAGGGUUGUUCUCUUAGUAAUUUGUCAUUUAAGAACACAUUGACAGAGUUAGACCUGAUCUUCAUAUAAAAGUAAGAAAGGGGAUGCAAUGCAUUUCUUGGGAAUUUAAAUUGAGUCUCUGAGUUACACUGAUAAACUCCAGCUCUGUGACCCUUGAUGUUUUCCUGUUACUAGAACUGUAGGUUCUUUGCAUCAAGGUAGAUGUUAUCUCAUAUAUUUCUGAGGACUCUUCCAGGAGUCAGGGACGCCGGGCCAGGUGCUGGUACUAUAGUGCCAAAUAUAUAAUAUGCUGGGGCCCUGAAGGAGCUGCUUUGUGGAAAGCACUGAGCUGAGGCCUGGUUGAAAGCUGAGCAAGACGCAGAGAUGCUCCUGGUCUAUUCAGGGAAAGAAAAGUUCCACAACACAGUGACAAAAAUCCAAUUGACAGGAUUUAGAUUUUGUGUAACUUUUCCGUUGUUAGUGGUUUCCCCCACCCAAAUUUUGAUUUAUUCUAGUAAUGCCUUAUUUAAAACAGCUUAAAAACUGAAAAAAGGAUGAAAUGGGAUCUAGAAAACUGUUAGGCUCUGAACUAAUCCCCCCCUUUUUUAGUAAAAUGUUUUUAGAUAAUCAUGAAUCAAAGUUAGGUGCUAAUUAUAAGAAUGAAAAUUAUAAUGAAUAGUACAAAAUAAUACACAGUACCAGCUUCUUUGUUAUUUAUAGCCUAUGUAUUAAAAUACUAUUGAAAUACCAUACAUUAAUUUUUUAAGGUUUUUUUUAGAAAAAUUAGCAACUUAGGAAUGGUGAGUUUAAAUGUAGGAAUGAGGAAGAUUUAUUUUUAUAAGGUAAUUUUUAUCCUGAUAAGGACUUUUAAAAAAUUUUUACUUAACAGCUUAAAUUUUAAACAUUGUUAAAUACAUUAGAGAAAAAGCAUUAUAGUAAAUUAGUAGAUUCUUCGGUGUGUAUUUUUUUUUUUAACUUAGUGGUAUAAAAUAGGAAGAAUAAUACUGAAUUCUGAAGAUUGUAUAAUAAAGGACAACAAAUACCUUUUUUUUUUUUUUUUUGGUACCGGCGAUCGAACUCGGGUCCUUGCGCUUGUGCAGCAGGCAGCAAAACCACUGAGCUAAAUCCCCGGCCCAACAAAUACCUUUAUUAAAGAUACUUCUGUUAAGUCUGUCCAUAAGCAGCCUAGCCUAGCAAGUUUUUAUCUGAAGCUUUAAUAAACUUAUUUGGGGGAGGUUCUCUUCCCUGUUCUCUGUACUGUAUCCCUAAAGUAAGAUACUUGAAAUCUAGCUCUUGCCUUAAAGUAAGUGCCUCUAUGUUAUUCAUAAAUCAUUGCUUGACUACAUUACAGGACAAGGAUGAGUUGUUGAAGCAUUACUGUACAAUAGAUCAUUUUUUCUGGAUGCAUAUGUUUGUUUCGCCUAUAAUGUAAGAGCCUAUAUGUUUGUUGAGAUCAUACUUUCUGCUAAUAAAUUGUUACUCUAAUAAAAUA